AUGGAACCCAGAAAGCAAAAACACAAAGGUGGCGCAGAGAAAUUGAGGGAGAAGAAAAAAAGAAUCCCUCGAGGAAAAUGCGGCCCAAGUCAAAAAAAUUGUGACCUGUUUGCGCAGCGUUUGGCAUCGACAUCUGGUUUAGCUAGAAGCAGCAGCAGCAGCAGGAGUGAGCUGACCAAACCACCUGCACCUGAGUCGUCCAGAUUCAAAAAUGAUGACGAGUCCUCUGACACGACAGAGCAUGGAGCAGCAGAGCCAGGUCAAGAAACCACUGAUGUGACGAUGGUAAGCUAUGUUUGAAACUUGGAGAUGCUACAGGUGAAAAUGCUCAUUUGGCUAAUGUUAGUAAUGCUGCCAAGUGCAAAACCUAGUGUGAAUCUGAAAUUCAUUGAGUUAUAGUAUUUAAUGUAUAACAAUAAUAAUAAUAAUCUAACAAUAAUAAUAACAACAACAACAGUAGAUACUGUUACAUUGUAUGGUUGAAAUCAACCUGUUGUCUUUGAAUUGACUAGAAUACUAAAUAAUACAUGAAGGAGUAGUUUAUAAUGUGUCUAUGGAAAUGUGUGUAUGGAGGCCAACAGUGGUCAUGGGGAGGAAAUAAAUAAUAUGCUCAUGUGCCCAAAAGAUACAGUUCAUUAAUGUAUUACCAUGUCUUGAUUAAUUUCUCAUGUACAUACUUUACAUGUAUUAAACUAUUUCUUUUAAAUAUUUACUGAUGAUUAAUUCUAUAGGUUAACUAGCGUGAUUAACAAAACCAAUUUCUUAUGUAGAUUGAAAAUGAUCCAGAUGUGGACAGAGGAGAUCGUCCCGAAAGCAGCGUUACUAUUAUGGUAAGGCUAAUGGCAAUAAUGCUUGUUUGCCAUGUUUGCUAUUUAGCCAUUUGUACUAACCCAUGCACUAACCCCCAAUACUGCCAUCCUUAAACUUUGUUGAUAGUGCAGUUUUAAUGGUUUACUAACAUAAUUAUCAAUGCUAAUCUUUUUGUAGUCUGAAGAUGAUCCUGCUGUCAGAGAUAGCCAGGAUAGUCAGGAAGUCACCAUGCAGCAGUGGAUCAUUUUACCAUGCCCAAGCUAG